AUGGCUCUGUCCCGAGCCGAGGAGCUCCUCUUCUCCCACCUGUCCAUCCUCGUCCCCCUCUUUGCGCCCUUUGCCGCCCUCGAAAGCCUCUUCAUGGCCAUAUUCCCCAUCGACCCUGAGACGCCCUUUCGCGUGUUCCCCCGCGCCGGCGAGUAUCCCGACUGCCCGGCCGGCGUGCCGCAUCUGCUUGCGCUGUUGGUGAUUAUGCGGAUCCCGCAGGCGGUCACACGCCGCAGCAGGGCUGGGGGGGAGGAGGAAGAAGAGGAGGAGGGGGGUGGUCUGGCGGUCCGGCCGCGGAUGCGUCGCGCCAAUGAUGGCGUGCUCGAAGAUGCUGGUGGCCGCGAUGAUGAUGUGAGGUGA